GCGGCAGCCGGAGGGAAAACAAAAUGACUGAUCAUGAAAAGGCCAGCGUUUUGUCGUGGAGAGGAUCGGAUAAAUACUAUAAUCCUUACAUCGGUCGAGGAGAAGUUCUUUUCACGGGUGAGAUAUUUGUUAGUCCAUGUUUAAUCAGACCAAAAUCAUUUGAAACAGAGAAUAGCUUUUUUGCCGCUAUCUUUGCACUGUAGGAAUGCCCGGCUCUAUAAUCUUUUUAUCUCUCAUAUCCUUUAAGUUUACAAAGUACACAAGCCGCUGUCUCAAACGUUUCUCUAUUCAUCCUUCAAAUAAAUUGUCUCCACUCCAAGAAACAAUGACAAUCAAUUGUACGCGAGCUGACGGAACGCUGUGCAUAGCGAGGCAGAAAGAGAUCCCUGACUGUGAAAAUUUUAAUUUUAGGUUUACUGAAGAGAUUUCCUGUUUUUUAUAGUUUAGGUGGUGUACAAGAAGCUGAUUAUGUGUCCUUUAAAAUCUUGAGGACCGAAUCAAAUGUGGAAGGAGACAAUGGAACUGGUUUCAUUGACUACGUCUCCAUUGUUUGUAGAAAGUUCUAACUCUAGCUAACUCUAUCUGCGGUUAAAAUAUUGGCAUCAACAAUUAUAGUUAAUUUUGAAUAUAGAACCACCUGAGGUUAUUAAUAUCAUCAAAUCAAUAUUGCUUAAGAUAACUUUUUCUCUGCUUUACUAAAGGUCCCGAUGGCAUUCGAGAUCAUCAAGCUACGGUUCUCGAUCCCAAUACAUACGUUGGAAUUGGAACAAUGUCCCCAGAAGGGACCAGUGAUCUAAACUAUUUGUGGAGACCAUCGAAGGUACUAAACAGACACCAUACUUAAAAUCUGAAAUCACAUUUUAUUAUAUUACUAACAGUGGCGGAUCCAGUCCCUGAGAUAAGGGGGAAGGAAAGAGCGUUCUCAAAAACAAUUUUUUUCAUUUUGUUCUAAAAAUAAGGGGGGCCAAGCCCUCCCGGGCCCCUUCCCUGGAUACGCCACUGACUAAGACCCUUUCUUAAGUGUCGGGCAUGGCACUUGACAUAUGUUACAAGAGAACAAGCGAGGGAGGCAGACAUGCGAGGAAGAAGACCUUUUGCUGAUCAAUGACAAAGCAAUGAUGUUUAUAAAAUUCCUCACUUUAAUAUCCAUUCAUUUUAUAGAGCUGCCCACAUCCACUACCAAAGUCUGUGAAGGUAAGCUGACGACAAAGAAUAUUAUUUCACCAAUAUUUUAAGUAACAGCCACAAGUGUUUUUGCUGGUGUUUGUCUAUAAUUUAAGAGAACAUUUUUUUGAAAAAAAUGCAGCCUAUAUUUUAUCUCUUUUUAACUUUUACAUCAGUUAGUUGGAAUAUAUAUGAUUAUUUGUUAUUACAUGUGUUAAUGCAGGUUGGUGAAAUUGGGUGGGGAUUACAGUUUUACACUGACUAUCGACAGUUAAAAAGUGGACAUCAAAUCAAGGUAUGAUCGCACACUUCCUUACAGUGUUUUGUUUUAAGUAAAAACACAAAAAUAAUAAUAUUAAUUUUUGCUUCUUUCAGCGUGGCGAGUUCAGACAAGCCACAGAAGAUAGGCACACACAUCUUUACCAAAAUCCUUGGUAUGUGCACUGUCCCAGCUUCUUAAUUAAUAAUAUAUCUGACCAUACUUUGCUUAUUAUUGAUGAGCUAAUAAGUUUUUUUUUCAGGAAACACUUCAAUUUUAUUAUUGGUGUUUUAUAACUGUUUUGUUUUUCACAGGUAUGCGGGUCCAAAUGACAAAAUUACAACGGACACAGGUAAGUUCGGCUUACAGUUCAAUGUUUUAGCCAUCCUCUAAAGACCCAUGCAGGGGAGUCGGUCAGGGAACCUUUGUUUUAUUUCCCAUUCUUUGGUUUUGCUUAUCGUCAAGCCCCCCAACCCCCCUCCCCUCCUCAGCCAUAAAUGUUUCAACAUUGUUUUAUUGAGCAACAGUAAUUCAUUAUGGCUGUCUUGCCAUUUAAAUGCACUGGCCUCGAUUAAAAAGCAGAAGAGAAGGCUCCUCGAUGCAGUCGAAGUGAAAGGCAUAUGGCAUCUGCAGGAAAGUCCAACUCACGAAACUUCAGGUCCCGUACACCAGCACCACGGAAAUCCCCACUACAUGAUGAUGCCCACUGGCAGACAACACCCAGACCAUGCUCAGCAGUUCCUGGAAGCAAACCUCGAUCAGGCACUCAUUCAAGUUCUACGUCGUAA